GAUCUGGGAUCAGUUUUCUUUCCCGCUAAUUAAGUCUUAACCCGGAGCUCAGAGUGAUUCCAGGCCUGAGAUCAGUGUGAGAGUGUCGGAGAACAAAGGGAGGGUGACAGUGUUGCUACCCGUUUCACUGAGAAAAAUAGACAGAGAAUUAUCAGCAGCGAGCAGUUCCAGGGCCCAAUGUCUUCAGGAAGAGUUUGUUCUGUCACCAGGUUUGACCGGGUGCGGGAGAUCCCGCACUAUGACCAGGUCCCUGUGUGCUCAUUAUGGCCGGACCCGGAUCUUCCUCUACCCCCGGAGCCCUUGCAUGGAACAGUGCAGGCAGUCAGCUUAGAUCCACUUCCCCCUCCCCCGCUACCUGAACAGCCAGCUGUUGGGCUUGAAUCUUUGCACCCCCCUAACGAUGAUGAUCCAAUGGAGGACGACUGUGACGCCAUCGACAUUAAGCCGGUCCGCCGCUUCAUUCCCGACUCUGUGAAGAACUUCUUCCAUGGCAACAGCGGUAACAGUGACAGCAUGGGUUGGGUCCUCCCGCCUCCUUCACAAGCUCUACCUGCCCCUUACUCCUCUGCCCCCUCAUCCAGUAAGAGCGCCAACUGCUACACCACGGCAGGAGUCCCCUGCUCACCUCCAAACUCCACACCUCCAUCUCCUUCCCUUCUAGGGUCCUAUCGGGACCCCUACGGGGGCUCUGGGGGCAGCUACACCUCUCGGAAGGAGCGAGAUGAGCUGCUGCUUGGUGCUGAAGCCCUUGACUCGGCAUCUGCAGUGCCCACUAAUCUUUCGGCUCUGACCUACCAGGAGAGGGUGGAGGAGUACCAUCAGCGCUACGCCUACAUGAAGUCCUGGGCUGGCCUGCUAAGGAUCCUGGGCUGUGUGGAGCUGCUGUUGGGAGCUGCUGUGUUUGCCUGCGUCUGUGCUUAUGUUCAUAAGGACAACGAGUGGUUCAAUAUGUAUGGAUACUCCCAGCCUCAGCUGUUUGGGGGGCUCGGUGGAGGUGCUGGUGCAUAUGGAAAUGAGGGUGGUUACUACACAGGCCCCAAAACACCGUUUGUCCUAGUUGUGGCUGGUCUAGCAUGGAUAGUGACUGUUAUUCUGGUUGUUGCUGGGAUGACGAUAUACUAUAGAGCUAUCCUUCUAGAUUCUUCUUGGUGGCCGCUCACAGAGUGUUCCAUCAACCUGGUCUUGGCGGGCCUCUAUUUAGCAGCAGGGAUAGUGUAUGUGAGGGACACCACUCGAGGGGGGCUUUGCAACAUACCGGUCUUCAAUAAUGGAGUAAAUGGGGCGUUUUGUCGCACGGAGGCCGGCCAGACAGCAGCCAUGGUCUUCCUCUUCAUCACCAUGGCACUCUACUUCAUUAGUGCAGGAGUGUGUCUGAAGCUGUGGAGACAUGAAGCAGCCAGGAUGAAGGAGGAGAGGCUGGCACAUGAGAUGAAAACUAUUGGAUCAUCAAUCCCUCUGUCAAUAAUGGGUCCAGCCUCCAGGGCCUCAGAACAUACGCCACUCCCCACUAUCCAGCCAGACAUUACGGACAACCCUGCUGCUGCUCCUCUGAUGGCGCUGGAGCCAGAGAUCCUUAGAGGUCACAUACCAGCCGGACACAUCCCCAAACCUGUCGUUAUAGCUGACUAUGUGGCGAAGUACCCUAGCAUCCGCUCAGAGGAGGAGAGGGACCAGUACAAGGCUGUGUUCAAUGACCAGUACGCUGAGUACAAGGAGCUGCACGCUGAGGUUCAGGUCAUGGCCAAGAAGUUUGAAGAGAUGGACGAGAUGAUGCACAAUCUCCACUCCCGGCCUUCCAGUCAAAUGGAGAAGGAGCGGAUCGGUAGCAUUUUAAUGGAAUAUCAGAGGAAGAAAGCUGACCCAACAUAUUUGGAAAAAAGGGAGAGGUGUGAGUACCUAAAGGACAAGCUCUCUCAUAUCAAACAGAAGAUUCAGGACUACAAUAAGGUCAUGGGCUGGAACGAUAGCAACUAAACGCUGCAGUUAAACACUUCUCAUUAACACACCUGGGAUUCAUAUUGAGUCUGCAACCAUGUAAGAAAACGUGCUUUGCACAGAGAACUGAGGGACUGAGGUGAGCAAGAGUGUGUCCGACAGGGUGAAAACUGCCCUCCUUGUUGGUUAACCCACAAUUUCUGAUUGUUUAUGUGCCAUUAUCACAUUAAAACAGGUGGACCAAAAAUGACAAAAAAAUGAAGAAACAUCAGUGGACAUGAGUAGAAAUGUCUUAAUAGAGGGUGGUAUAGGCAAAGAAAAAGUAAGCUUCACAAGAAAUGAGAUCUGAAGACAUGGUCAAAAUGCAGAAAGCUGGGAUGGAUCAGGUGUAACCUAAAUAUAUGAUAGGGUGUUCGUUAUAUAUGCAUACAAGCCCUGAUUCAGAUCACAUUUUAAAGGAAUGCUUUGUUUUAAUAUUUUACCAUUUUACCUGGUGAAGAUGAAUAUCAGUUUCAUCACUGUGUGACCAGUCUGGUAUGUUUUUAGCAUAGAUUAGCAACAAAGACUGGAAGCACGGAAAAACGGCUAGACUAUCUCCAUCAAAAGAGACAUAAACCCGUCUACUGAUGUUGCUAUAUACAUUUGUAUGCCUCUGAUAGCUGUGGCAGGAGGCAUUAUGCUUUUGGGUUGUCCGUCUGUCCGUGCCAUUCUCGUAAACGCAAUAUCUCAGAAUUUUACAAGAAAUUAAAUGAUCUUUUCAACUAAGUGUGGAUUAGAUGGCAAUCAAACACGUUUUGGGGUCAAACAACUUGCUCGCUAGACACUGCCUCAAUAGAUUAUUCAAUGAGGAAGCUGAUGUAAUUAAGGCUGACUCAAUGCUAAUGAAGUUGGUAUGAUUAGAAUACUAGCACUGCAGUAGAAGGAGGUAUCAGAAGUUAUUUUUGGUCAGAUGGGAUAUAUUAUACUUUUAUGUACUGCAUGUGUCACACAGAGGUUUAGCUACUUGCUAUUAUGCUCACUAUAUGUUGCCAUUGGUUUUUACAUGGCAUUUAUUCUGUCCAGUAGUCUUCUAUCCAACUGUGAGGCACAAAGUGAAAAUUUACUAAAAGCUGGAAUGUAUGAACUGUCUCUCACCUUGUUACUGAAAUCACAAUGUUGAAAUAACAGAUGUCUUAGCUUUAAUCACUCCUUUUUAAACUCUUAUCUGUACAUUGAUAUGUUGAUUUAUAUGUGUAUAUUGUUUUGUAUCAUAUCUGGUAUGCCCUACAGCUUUAUGCUAAUGAAACACCUUUUUAUAUAUGUUUAGACUUUAAACAUAAUGUUCUGUUUGAGUGACUUCUGUUACAUCUGCCAUUCACUGUUUCAGUCCAACAGCUGCCCAAGCUCAGUUCGUGGCAGUGGUAAUGAAUGAGGGUAGCAAAUAAAUUACUGCAAAACAUUACAAUCAGACCAGUUAUAUUUUCAUAAUUGAUAUUUUUGUUUAUUUAUCCUUGGCACAGCUAGAACAUGAGUUUGCUUAACAAAUGUGUAAUGUUAUCACACUUUGUCCUGGUCAUAAUAACAAUACAAUCAGAUUAGUAAAUUAUUAUGUAUAUGGUGGACCUGGUUAACCAUGAUCUGAGUUCACAAAGAAAUUAUAACUGCAGUUUUCUUUUGGAAAACCAAUACUUUGAG